ACGUUCGGCCGUCGGGUCUGUAGAGCCAUAAUGGCGGCAGUUGCGCAGCCAGACUCCCAUCGGUAAUGAAAAGCUUUCGGGACGAGGGCGGACUCACGGGAACGGUUUCCGGGUUCCCCUUCCUGGGCUGGGACAGCGGCAAGAGGCAGAAAGCUCCUGUUGAUUUACAUUAUCACAAAGUUACUCUCAGGUAAGGCACCCGGUAGUUUUUCGUUUUGUUUUUGUGUUUGUUUUAAAAAGUCUUUAGUGAGACAGAACUGGAUAAGAAGGAGACACUUGGAUCAUUUAGAAGAAGUUGGCAACAUGACACCAGUCGCGACAACAACUGUUGCUGGCUAAAGUUUGACAUCUUAACGUCAAUGAAGUCUCUGUGUUUCAAAAGUCUCAAUUGAGUUUAUCAAAUUGGCUUUUCAGUGAGAAAAAAACAGAAGUUGAAAGAACUGCGAUAUCAAACGAGGCGACACGUUUUAAUGCCAUUGUAGCAGUUGAUGUUUGGUAAACUCGGUCAGUGUCUCACAGACUGGGUGUGGUGGACAUCUAACUGUAACAGACACUCAGGCCUACGCGUUUCAAAAUCCCCGGGAAAGUUACCAAAGUAUUGUCUUGUCUUUUUAUUAUUAUUUUUAUUUAACUAAGUCUUCCUCUUCAUACUGUCUAAAUAGUGAGAAGAGCCUAAUUAGUAGAUGCUUAACCUCACAGUGCCUAGCUGUCCUUGUCCAAGCUUCAUAAACAGGGAGACUGUCUACACUUAGGUGGUUUCUGAAGUACAAAAAUCAGAACCAUAUGAAUCUGAAAUCCUUAAAUUCAACAAAUUACCCAUAAAUCCCUCCUGUGUAACAUUCCUAGACUGUGAAUCUACUUUCUAACAUCCAACUAAGCCUUGACCAAUGAUUGUAAAGCACAUUUGGACUAAAAUAGGUUUUCUUUUCAGACAACUCCACAAAAACAUUUUCUCAUUAUGCCCCAGUCCAAGACAUGGCUUUGGGCCACUAUUGAGGAAUUAUCAUCCAUCUUUGCUUGUGUUUUUGGUUCAGUGAAAACAUGCAUAUUUCCCUUCCUUUCUCACUGAGUGGUGAACACUGUGAGCACGUUGGAUGGCAGGCAGUCCAGGCUUUAAUCUGGAUCUGACAGCUGCCUCUUGAUUUUAGAAACAAUUCCAAGUUUUACAAAGCUGGACAUGGAUCAGUUCUCUCGCAGAAGGUCAACAACUCUGAGUAUUGAAAGACAUCAGGCUUCUGAUCCAGCUCCUUCACCGCUCCCUGACCUUUUCCCUCACUGCGACCUUUUCACAUAAACUCUUGGAGCACCAGGAGGGCAUCUGUCAGAGAGUGGUGCUAACCUUUUUGUACUAUGGUGCAGACAGAAAACCCAAACUUGACUGAACCAAGUGAACUUGAACUGUCAUGUCAGAGGUUUGAAUGAUGAGACAUCACAACAGGACACUUGGUUCAUCCUUAGAAGUACAAGAUUUACCAUCACAACAGGAAAACACUCACUUGACAUUUGAUCAGUAUCUUCCAUGGUGUGAUGCAGUCACCUUCCUGCCAAAUACUUUAAUGUAAGGCCUGAAACUGCACCUAUUUUGAUAGGGAAAUAACCUGACAUAAUGUUGAAUCAUAUAAAUGAAUAUUAUUUCAUUUGAAGUGACAAAAAUGGGGAAAAAAAGGCUCAGACCUUCAACUUUCUUGCUUUGUGACUGUAGGCUCAAAAACGAAGUUGAUAUUUUACGAUAUUAAAGAAAAAAAGAGUACUUAUAACUUACAUUAAAACUAUAAAUAGUAUUUUCUUUUGUUUUUUUUUGUGGCUUGCUAAUUUUUUUUUUAGUUUAAAUCUGUACGAUUUUUUUUGCUAAUUUUAAAGAAAUUAAUCUAAUUUUAAAUCAAGUGUUUUGAUAGGGAAAUAACCUGACAUAAUUUUGAAUAAAUGAAUAUUACUUCAUUUGAAGUGACAAAGCUGGGAAAAAAGGCUCAGAUCUUUAACUUUCCUGCUUUGUGACUAUUGGCUCAAGAAUGAAGUUGAUAUUUAACGAUAUUAAAGAAAAAAGAGUACUAAUAACUUACAUUAAAACUGUAAAUAGUAUUAUCUUUUGUUUGGCUUGCUUAAUUUUUCAUUUUUUCUGUUUAAGUCUCUAUGAUUUCUUCUUGUCAAUUUUAGUGAAUUUUUUUGUAAUUUGAAAUCAUGUAUUGUGACAAUCCUCAAACAUUAACCAAAAAUACUCCUCCACACUAACACAUACAGAUCCCUCAAACUAUCAUGGAGAUUAAAGUUGAUACCAUCUACUCCUUUAAGCCUACAGUCUGUGUUUCACCAUCAGUCAUUAUCGCUUAACUUCAUCACACUCAGAGUGAAUGACUAAAAGAGACAGUCUUUCGAUAAUAUUCUGUUUUUGUAUGACUCCCACUUGUUUUUAGUCACUUCCUGUCCUGUCCCCAUCAUCAUAAAUGCUCCAUCCUGUGCUUUAAACUUUUGAGUAUGUCCCAAACAGACCUGCUGGUUUCCUCGCCGUUUAGAGGCCUUAUUAUUCCGCCUAUUGUGGCUUUUUUCCUCCCUCUGAGCUCAUAUCAUCAAGUGUUUCUGAAACUACAGCUUAAAAACCUCUAUUAUAUCUUUAUUACUGUUGCCCACCGCCAUUACCUUUGGUCCCCAGGGUCCACUUAAUUAAAGUCAACACCCCCCACUCCACCUCCACCUCCACGCCUUUUUUUGUUGUAGAGUCUGUUUAUAUUUGAGCCAAACGUCACGUUAGUUAUGCUCCAAAGCUCUGGAGUCUUUGUUGCUGUGAUCAGCUGCCAGUAAAUUACCAUUUUCGUUGUUAUGCGACUGAGUUCAGCAACCUCUACAGUGUAAAAUUAUUGCUUUAAUGUUUUUACUUCGAGAAGAAAGUCUUGGCUCAAUGGAGGACAGGUUUGUGGGCCCUCAUCACCGCCUGUCAGGAAGGUGAAUAGUUCUACCAUUUCUGCUGCCCCUUCAUGGCAUCAGUCCAGACAAUAAAUCAUCUGUAAAUACAUUACAUGCCAACAACUUUGGCUUAACUAAGGUGGCAUUUUUCCCUUUUGGCCCUUACUGUUUAAUCUCCCCAUGUCUGGCCUGUUGAUAGCUGUGUGUACGUGUGUGUGUGUGUGUAAGCGGCUCAGCAGCCCAGCCGAUUAAAUGGCCAUUAUUAAUAGAGUAUUAUUGAAGUGUGCCUCCUGCCUGUCUGUCCUGUAGUGUUGUCUUUGUGAUAUUACAACUACAAUCUUGGAACGCUUUAAUUAAUCUGCCACUGGUUCCCACAGUGCCUGACGGGGAAUAACACUUGAGUGUGUAUGUGUGUGAUACACAUGGAGAUGCUUGUGUGGGCUGCAUUGUUAAUUAGAUUCAAGGUUUAUUAACAAAGAAAGCUCAUUUGUUAAUAGCUUUAUUGUGUUUUUAAGUCCAAAAGUAAAUAUUAAGCUGUGAGUGCUGACUUUUACUUCUGUUGGAUGCACUGCAAUGAUGACAGAUACUUAUACAUCUUCAAGGUGAAUGUGUACAACUUAGAUUCCCAAGCUUUAACUUCUGAUUUAAGUCUGUGAAUUUCACUUGGUUAAUGUUUCUUCCUCCUUCACUCUCCAAACCUGGCUCUCUUGAACCCCAAAUUUAAUGUGGCCCAGACAUGUGGCAGGUCCCAAAUGUGGUCAGGAGUGAGGCACGUGUUCUACGUCCUGCCUCAGCUGAGCUGUGCCGCAUAGGAAAAGCUUGAGGAACCACAAGGAUAAACAGCCAUUGUUCUUUCUGUGGGCCUGGUGAAACCACCCUGUCAGCAUGAGAGAUCUCUGCCCGCUUUCGGAUACAGAUACAGAGAGCCCCCCAACCACCAUCUAUUAGCGUGAAAUGGUUGCCCAAGUGUCCACAAAUGUGUGCUGGUCCUGUGCCAAAAAGAGAGCGGUCAAUUGAGGUUCCCAUGCCACCUCUAUCAUUAUAUAACAAGAGUGCAUCUCUUUUUGGCAGCGCACGGCAGCCUGCCUCUUUCCAAUGCUUAUCACACUCCACCUGUCAAAGGCCACUGUGUUGGUGAUAAAAUGGAGCCUGUUCUUCCUGCUCAGUCAUUACAAGGCUAAUUUAUCAGGGGGGCUUGUUGCUCUGUCGUCUGCUUAGGGUCAUAGAGUGGGGCAGGAGUACGGGGCGCGUGAGACUUUAACAGUUUAAUGGGUAUCUGGGAACAAAACCGUCGCUCAGACUUCUUAAUGUCCUUCCCUGUGGAAGUGUGAAAGAAGAGUGUCGUCACCCUGACCCUCAACAGGGAUGCAAUUUUAUGUACAGCAGAGCAGCCUGAAUAUGCACUCUCAAAAUGUCAGCUAUGAGUUGUGUAGGUGUAGAUUCUUUCAGUUUGGUAGAGUUAAAAUCUAAAGUGAAUGUUUGACAACAGAUCUAAUCAAAAUGUUUGAGGAAGUGGUUUUCUUCUUGCAGAGGACAAGUUCACUCUUAACUGUUUAAACUCUUUUUUCCCACCAGAAAGCCCUUCAGACGUCAGUAAACAAAAGCCAUGUCUCAGUCCGGAGAGAAAGGGAAGGUAAGUAGCCGGCAAACACUUCCCUCUAUUACAGCUGUGGUGUUGUACAGUUGUUGAGGGGGUAUCUCAGUGCAUUGCAGUGGUCAUUAAGACUCAUGGUACUUUUAAUCUCAAGCAAACACGCCUACACAGGCAUCCAGAGAGGAUAUCCUGUAUAAAUGUAAGUGUUUCACUGCAAGGCUUUAUUGCCUGUUAAAAUUUGUCAUCAAUCUCACUCUUAUAGACUCACGUGCACAAUUACAUAAACGCUUCAUGAGGGGCAGAAAUGACUUUGAGAAGUGGAUUUAAUGGGUGAAAAAAGUCCAAAAAGUGCAGGAUAUCAGAAAAAGUUGAAAAAAAAAUGUAACCCGUGUACAUCAACAUUUUAACUGCUCUUUUUUGUACUGGAUUUGAAUAUUUGAUGCAUGUUUUUGUGCUGCACAGUUCCCAGAUGCUGCAGGAUAUGUAGGCUUUGCCAACCUUCCAAACCAAGUGCACAGGAAAUCUGUGAAAAAAGGGUUUGAGUUCACCCUAAUGGUUGUAGGUGAGUGAUCACUUUUUUUUUUUUUUUUUUUUUUUUUUAGGCCUCAUGAAUUUUUUCAGAGCUUCAACUUUAUUUUCUAUCCUCUUUGAUUUUCAGGGGAGUCUGGUUUGGGCAAAUCAACACUGAUAAACAGCCUGUUCCUAACUGAUCUCUACCCUGAACGCUACAUCCCUGGUGCUGCAGGUAUACUCUCCAGUGUGCAUAACCCCACACACACACAUGCAAACAUGAACACAAAUACGCACACUGUAAUAAUGGAGAAAUGUCUGCAGCAAUGUCUCCUGCAGAGCAUUAUUUAACGAGGAAUGUUGGGAAUGCCUUAGUCUGAAAAUAUGACCCUGCCCUUCUUAAGACUUGACUUAGAUUAGGACUUGUUCUGGCUUGUUAUGUAGGCCCUCCUUGGUCAGAUUGUGCAGAAGUGUUUGUAAGAAAAUGCUAGAAACCCAUAUCUCUUUGAAAAAAGGUGUAUCUGCCAUGUUCAAUCACUGAGGUUUGUAUUUAGAAAGACAUUCUGCCAACUGAUGUUUCUCUGACGUGUAUACUUAAUAUUCUUGUACUUCUCCUUCCUCAGAGAAGAUUGAGAGGACUGUGCAGAUUGAGGCAUCAACUGUGGAGAUUGAGGAGAGAGGAGUUAAGCUGCGCCUCACUGUGGUUGACACUCCUGGAUAUGGCGACGCCAUCAACAGCCAGGACUGGUGCGUUAAUGAGGCGUGGAGGAGUAGGGAGUGAUAACAACUUAGGACAGAUUUCCUGCCCGGCAUGUUCACCCAUCCUUCCCUCCUGUCCUCAAAUACUCCCUUUUUCAAGCUUCAUCUCAAACUCCCUAUUUCCUACCUCUCCUCCUGCUGCAUUCCCCGUCCUGAGUUUCCUGAAGUGUGUGAGUGUGUGUCCUCAUGUAAGUGCAGAGCCUCUCUGUCCUUCUUGCCUUUGAUUGUCCUGACUUUGCUUUCUAGAUUCUUUGACUGUCCCAUAAGGGCUACAAAAACAAACUCAAAAGAAAAACACCACUGCACAACCAGGGGAUUUAAAUCCUUUUAACUGAAUGGAGAUCAGUUUAAUAGUCAGUUUUACAUCAUUUAGUGGACUAUACAAAUGAGGUUCUGAGAAUGAAGUCAGAAUUCUGAGAUCCAAAGGUGGGGUAGGCAGGAUCUGAGGAAGUGCCAGUUUUUGGGAGAAAUCUUGAAUGUAAACACUACCCUGCCCAUAAAUAGAUGCUCCUGCUUGGUUGUGUUGUUUCAAUUAAAUUCAGAUUUAAUGCAGAUAAACACUUAAGAUAAUUACAAAUGGAGCCCAGUCAAUGUCAAAGUAAAAAGCACUGGUGCUACUGUAGAUGUCAACAGACGACCAGCAAACACAAUGUUUGCAGGACUUCUACAACUAGGAUAAAGUGACAUACUCCAGGACCCGAGGUAAACGGUUUAGCGGCGCUACAACAUGCAGGAGGUCCCGUUUCUCAAGAAACUCUUCUGUUACAGACACUUGGCUUACUUGGUUAAAGUGGUUUACCUGUCCAACAGAAAGGUUACAGAGUCCGUAAGAUCCCGAAGCAUCCCCCAUUUAUGUUGACCCGGCUUUUUAGCUCUUGUCCGGGUGGUCUACCUCCUUUUUAAGCACCUGUUAUUCCGCCAGUGUCUCCGGUAUUUACCUCAUUUUCUUGCUUGUGUUGGCAGUCGUGGCCAAAGGAGGAUUCAGACAAUUUUCUCUACUUUCUGGUUGGUUUCUGUUGUCCAAUAUUGUAGCACGCUAACUUUGUUUGGGCUCGUGAACGACACAGGGGAGCAGCGUCUGCCUAACAACCAAUCAGGUUGGGGGAGGCCGAGAAUGGCUUUGUGUACAGUCAGAAAGAGCGGAGCGCUCUGAAAUUUUAAAAUGUUGACUACACAGACAUAACAGAACACAGCGAUAUUGUGAUAUUCCCAAAUGUCAUCAAUAACUAAUAGCUAUUGACUGACAUUAUAAGCUUCUUUGUACAUACACCACAAAAAAAGAUGCUUCUUUAACGGGAUCCUGCCUACCCCACCUUUAAGUGAAAAUUAUGAGAAAAAAAUUUGAAUUCUGAGAUAAAGGUCAGAAUUAUGACUUUUAAAAGUUUGAUCUUUUUUUUUGUCAGUGGCCCCAAUCUACUUCUAUAACACUGUUGAAGUUCCUGCUGCUCAACAAAAACAAACUCAAUGUAGACAGUAUUCUCUCCACACAUUUAUUUUCAUACUGUGUUUUAAAGCAGAAAGAUACUUGGAGCGGCUUUUGGAAAAGUUUAUUCAGCAAAGUGUAAGAGGUAUCUGAGGUCAUAGAGGAACACAGACCUUUUCAACCAAAUAAAGCUUAUCACAAAAGUUGAAAUUCUGAGGUUUUGACAGCAAUAUUUAAUCUCCAGACAGGCGAUAAACACACCACUGAGUCAUGUGGGAGUUGGAGUUCCUUGGAGCUAAAUCUAUUUUCACUGUUUACUUUGAAAUGGAUUUUUUUAUGGUGAUUAUUAGGGAGUCAUCUGACUGUUUCUUGCUCUAAUUUCAGUUUCAAGACCAUCAUCCAGUACAUCGACAAUCAGUUUGAGCGAUACCUUCAUGACGAGAGCGGGCUGAACAGAAGACACAUCGUGGACAACAGGGUGCACUGCUGCUUCUACUUCAUAUCUCCCUUCGGACACGGGUAACUGAACAUGAAACCACUCAACAUCUAACAGCUGCUGUCGUGUUUAAAUGUAUAUAUGUGUGUUAUGUUAAACUCACAGUUUGAUCCUACUGAGGCAGAAAUUGAAUGUUUUUUUUGUCUUAAGUGUUUUCCCAUCUAUGUUUUACUUCUAUGCUCCAAACUGAGCAGUAUCACAUGACGUCUGUUUGACUCCUUCUUUAAUAUUUGCAUUUAACAUUAUUUUAUUGUAUUAACACCCUUGAUUUUCCUCUCAUGUCUAUUUUCCUCUCCAAGGUUGUCUCCCUUUCUAUGUCUGCUAUGAUUUUAUACCCUGUUUACACAUUUUCCGUCUUUUGCUAUGAUCUUCAUCUUUUUUAGUCUCAAGCCUCUGGAUGUGGAGUUCAUGAAGGCCAUCCACAGCAAAGUAAACAUAGUUCCAGUCAUUGCCAAGGCCGACACACUGACGCUGAGAGAGAGGGAUCGCCUGAAGAGGAGGGUGGGUUCAUGACGCCACAUGCACACGCAUACAGUUCUGAUCGAUAGAUAUACUUUAUUGAUCCCAAACUGGGAAAUUCACAUGUUACAGCAGCAAAAGAUACAAAAUAAAAUUAAAUAUAAGAAGAAGUAAGUACAAUACAGACUAAAAAUACUAAAAAUAAUAAGUAUAUCGAAUAAAUACAGACUAAAAAUGCUAAACAUCCUAAGAGAAAAAAGUGAGAUAUGAAGAACGUGGGCUACAUGAGUAAUAAAUAUGAAUAUGAAAUGCGAAAUAUACAGAUGGGAUGAGAUCUGUUAGAGAAUGGUUCGACUGUUUGGGCAGACAAAUAAUGAUCAUUAAUCUUUCAAAACAUGCGAAUAUAUGACCCAGUGACCAUUCAGCUCUAGUCCGAUGUGCAGUCAUCUUCCCUAUGGAUAUUUCUCUUGGCUCAAGGCAAAGGCUGGGAUGUCUGAGCGCUUGUUGUCAGGAUGUUGAGGAAUGUCUUGGUGUGUUAUGCGUUUCUUGUCUCAUCUAUAGAUGGUGUGGUUUAACCAUUAGGAAGUGGCGUGAGCAAUAGAUUUACCAUCUGAAGUCUCAUAUCUAUCCCAUUAGUGUGUCUGAUAUUUGUUUUUACAAGUAAAGAUGCACAGGUGGGCACACCUGUAAUUGCAGAGUUGUAUGGUUUACAUUUUGAACUUCUUAUUGUUCUGGAGAACAAGGAGAGGCGACAGGAAACAGGAGGAGGCACAAGGAUAGGAAAAGAGUGUUGUGUAUAAUAUAGAGGCGGCACAUAUCAUCCAUUUUCAAACGGUCCCAGAUACUUCCUGUUGGAGGUUGCCCAAUUAUAUGCCUGGCUGCACGCUCUUCGGCUUCCUGCUGUGCAAAGAGGGGAAGACAGGGUUUUAAUAUCACACACAUACAGCUAACCACAACAUGCUCAGCUGAUAACCUCUCCCUUGCAAGAUGAAUUACUUUCCCUCUGUAUUUGUCCAUGACUUUCUCAUUCCUGAUGUAAUAAUACUCCACCAGUACGCCUUCAGGUGGCAGCUAGUUUUUCAGUGUUUGGAUGUGAGGUUCUACUCAUACAUAGUGUGGAAUCAUGUCAACUUUCUUGCACAGACACGUACAUCUGAGGGCAAACACAAAUGUUUCACACGAAAAAGUUAGAAACUAGAAUAAUACAAGAUAUUAAAAAUUGUAAUGAGAAAAGUUAACCAUAAAAAAUUAAUGUUCACCCCUCAAGCCCUGAACAUGCAAAAAAAAAAAUUCCCUUUCCACACUCGAAGACAUGGUGGUCUGACUUUACGCAAACAUUCAUCUGGCUUGGAGAAGUCAAAACGUCAUCAGAUUUGUUUGCUUCACUGUUAUUAGAAAGUCCUGAGGGUUGUUUCCACGCACAUGUAAUUUUGCCCUGAGUGGUAUGUUACUUCCAAUCAUCUGAAAUAGAUAUGGGACAGCCUUUUUCCAAAAUAUCUGUAUGUUUGAAAGCUCUCGUAAGCAAAGGAAUGAUGUUUUGUUUUUUCACAUUUGGGCGUUUUAACACAGCUACUCAGAGUGUUAGGGAAGUGUUCAGCUUCCCCAAAGUGAGAAGUUCCAGCUGCCUCAUUACCUCCGCCAAGGAGGUUAUGUGUUAGGUAGCGUUGGUUUGUUUGUUUGUUUGUGAGUUUGUUUGUCUGUUAGCAACUUGACGGAGGAAGUUACAGACGGAUUGACCUGAAAUUUUCACCAGAGGUGCGUCUCAGCCCCAGGAGGAUCCCAUUACAUUUUGGUGGUGAUCAGGACAAAAUUCUGGAUACUGUGAUCUAGAACACACAAAAAUAGGGUGUCGUUGGAAUUUUCAAUGCUGAAAGAUAACCAAUGGGCGGCACAGUGGUAUAAAUAGACAGCACAGUGGUGUAGUAGUUAGCACUGUCGCCUCACAACCAGAAGGUCCUGGGUCCGAAUCCUGGUCAGGGCAUUUCUUGUUUUAUGAACAGUGAACAUACCAGUUUAAACACAAAUAAAAGUUAAUAAAAGACACGUAACAGUAAAAGUUUUGCUGUGAAUCACAAUAUAAGGGGGGACAUGAGCUGCUUGGCGGAGGUCUGCGCUCUUCGAGUGCUUUUCUAGUAUUUUAAAUGGGAUAACUUUGGUCUAUGGCGAGUCAUUAUUGUCUGAAGAAACAUGUGUUUGGCAUUUUGAAUUUUUAUCAUAUAUUAUAAGACAUAUGCCAAAAAAAAACCAAACCUAGAAAAAGAGUGACCUUUGAUUGAGAGUAGUCAUUAGUUGCAGGUUUGGUUCAGAAACAAUGGCAGCUUUUUUGCUAAUUAAUUUUUCCAGCUCAGGACUCUUCUUUGUGUUUUUUUAAUUGGAAGUUAGCCCCAGUGUCCCCACCUGCCCUUCAUUCAGGUCUCAGAGCUGGUGGUCUGGCAGGGCGUCAGGCUGGUGGAGUCCAGCUCAGCUUUGUUUUCUUUGGUUGAAUCUCUUUUGCUGCUCUGGCAGUCAGAUUGCCUAAAUUUGCUGAUGUAGCGCCUCAAAAAGACAGGUACCAAGUAUUUUUUCCCGCCUGAGUUGCCUGAUAUAACAAGAUUUCAUAUUUCCUCUGUUAGGAUAACAAAAACUGUGGCUGUGGUCUCCGUGUUUCACUGAGUACGGACAUUGUCCCAGCAUCUGAGGUGAAACUCCUCUUCUGUGUUGUCCUUAAGAGACCCACCAGUUUAAUUGUGCCUUUUACGGUUGUUUUGUAUUGUGCCCUUCCUCAAACCUUCUGAAUGUUCCUCUGGCACUUAACGUGAACAAAACCAUGUUUCCUGCUACCACUGAACCCCGCCCCAAACCACAGAAAACCCCUGAGCUUGUUGGCUGUCUGAUCCAGCUGGCAGCAUGCAGAAGGUCAGCUGUCUUGAUCAGAGUCUUGACAUAACUCUUCUUUGACGCUCUUGUUUUACUUUCCAUCCAGUUCGCAGUCAAAAACUUUUAUGGGGAAAAGUAGGCCAGUGGAGAAAUUCCAUCCUCACAAUCACUUUGAUCUGACCUCUUGGCUUCACUGUCACUAUCUCUCCAGAAGAGUUUGUUCACAUGCUCUGUUGAGUGUUCCUGUAACAGACGUUUCCCACUGCAGGAGCAAUUAGCCGGACCAACCCCCACACCAACACACACAAGCCCACAAGCAAACUGACAACAAGCAUACUCACAAUCAUACUAAGAACGAGGAACAAGUUCAAUUUUGAAAUUCAUUCCGAAAUAUUAUUUUUUUGCAGUGUUUAAGCAUGAAGAGGUUUUAAUUUGGUUUUGGUGUUGUGAGAAACACUUCUGGACAAACCAUAACCGUUGGUAAACAGUGUCUUAAUUGAGCGGUGUGCUCCACUUGUAAAAGGACAUCCUGCGUCUCUUAGGAGGACAUGUUAUCUCUUGUUUGGCCACAGUUUAGGCAGAUAAGACUUUGAUCUUCAGUUUGUCAAAUACGUUUGCUGCAGUUUUGCAUGUAGGCAACUUCAGUACAUUUCAAAUAAACAGUUUCUCUGACUUUUUUUUUACCCACAGCUGUCGAGAUAUUUGUACUUUUAAUCUAUUUGAUUAUGAUCUUGGCUUUUUGCAGAUACAGUCUAGUUAUAAAGACAUGUUUAUAUCACAGUCUACAUUAUUACACUGCGCUGACAUACAGAAGUUCUUCAAUGUAAAAGCCCUGAAUUAUGUUAUCUCAAUUGUUGUCCUUUCCAUUUUUUCCCCCCCGAGCAUUUUUUCUAGUCAGCUUCUGUUGGAUUAAUGUUUUUUUCUUGCCAGCCAAGUUUGGCAAUGAGUCUUUCUUUAUAUAGCACUUUUUAUACAAAACCAAGUAGCGCAAAGUGCUUUACACAGAAAAAGGAAUAAAAGAAACAAAGAAUACGUAAAUCUACCCCAACCGAACCCCUUAUUCCCAUCCCAUGAUAAAACACAAUAGAAACAUGUAUUAAAUUGCAUUAACUUGAAAAGGACUUGAUUUUAUAGAAAUAGGAAUGUGCGCACUUUUAAAUUUCAAGAUAAAAUGAAAUUUAAGAACUGAUAAAUAAAAUGAAAUUUAAGAACAGUAAAAGAUACUUAAAUAAGAGCACCGAAAUAGCUCAAUAAAAGAUGAUCCUGUCAUUAAAACUAGAAAGAGAUAAAUGCUAAAACACCUAAAGUCAAUGAUAUAAAAUUUAGUUAAAAGCAAGACUAAAAAGGCACGUUUUGAGGGUCACCAAAAAGGCCUUCAAAGUCUCAGUUUAACCUUAAACAUGGGCUGAAUCCCAUUUCUGGAUGUCAUUUGUUACAUGCCAGUACAUUUGAACUACUAGAAAAUAGUGCAAUGUGUGCAAUUCAGCUGUCACAGUCAAGGCUAUUCGCCCUGAAAAGGAAGCAGUCAUAGCUACAACUGAUGCUGCAUCAGUCCAGAUUCUCUGACUAUGGGAAUGUGGCAGCAUCAUUAUACUUCCUAGAGGUGCAACGGCCCACUGUUGGGCCAUGACUUGGAUUAUGGAUUGAUUAAAAAAAAUCAAUCAUAAAAUGUUUUGAAUCAAUACAAGCAUCAGAAAGAUGUCUGUCUGUGUAAACCUCACAUGUGCAUCCUCAGAGUGUAAUUGUGAGGGUUUGCCUGGGUGCAGGCUUGAGAGUUCGUUAAGCAAAAAGCUGAAGACACAAAAUAAAUGACAGGACUUUCCUGCAUGAGGAGAGGUGAUGAAGUCAUUAUGGGCUCUUUCAAAACCAACAUGUGGCGGCACCUGCAACGUCUGCAUGACAGUUUCCCAAUAUAUCAUGCAGAUAUUUGUGUAGGAAGAAAUGAAAUCCACAACUUUGCUGUUUACUGAUACACACAUUUAUUGUGCAGCAUUAGUCCCAUUCUCUGUUUAACCGUUGGUCAGAGAAGAAGCAUCACUCCACUCUCGUAAACACUGCUGUCACGGUGAGAGGGGCAUAAGAACGACACAUGAUGGAAGUCACAAAAGACAAGGAGGUCCCAGGCGGCAUGAGUGCAGGAACACUUCACAUGACCCUCAGUUUGUACUGCUGGAUCGCUGAUACACACAGAGAGGGAUGACCAGGGGUUUAGUUGUUCACUGAUUUGAGUUAAGUGAUCUUCCUGUGUUGUUUAGUUUAAGUUUAUGUAUCAUAUAAAUAAUUGUUGUAACAUAGUCCUUAUGAAAUAACCCAAUUUGUUAAAUGAGGCUUGUAAAGGGAAAGUCCUGUAACUGAGCUGCAUGAGGAUGCAUUAGGAUUUGUUGUGCCUUGGAUCGCACGGUUAAAAUAAUGGCUUAGAAAGGAAUAGAAAAGUCACAUUAAUAAAUUUUUACAUUUUUAGGGCCGUAUUCAACCAAAGACAUUCUUGGUUGUCCAAAACCCUGAAAUUUUCUUACCAAAAUCCACCAAGGCUCGACAGGGUGGUAGAGAACAUGGAUGGUAGAGGAGGACUCACAUGAAAGUUGAAACGCUCAAAAUAAAAAUAAAUACUCAGCAAUGUGAACGCUCUUCAAUCUCUCUGUCUCUAUCCGGUCCCAAAAUGGUGAAAACAGGGGCGGUGUUCUGAGACAGACUGUUACCUGUGAAACGGGGUUGCUCUGAAAACACCCCUAUUAGCACUUGGUACGUUCCUCCUGAUGAAAUGAACCACAGACUGUAAAAUUGACGCAAAAAAAAAAUUUGAGUCGACCAAUCAGAAUUUUAGUCGACUCAGGACGUAUUGACCAAUAAGCCGACCAGGCGACUAGGACUUUAUGCCCCUACUUUUUUUCACCUACGUAUGAUAUUAACAUAUUCAGCUGUAGUUAUAUGAUUCCUUUCAAAGUGAACUAUAGACAUACUGGAAACUGAGUUCCUGCUUCACUAUUGUAUCACCGUGUUCUGGCUUCAUGAGAGCAUAGAAACAUAAUCAUUGUGUCCGUUUAGCGUCAUAGUCCUGGUCAUUCGUCUCUCCAAGUGUCUCUCAGGAGAACAAAGAUAUUUGGCUGGAGUAUUUGUUGGUUUGAUCAGAUUAGCUGAAGUGGCUCUUAGGUAUACAUGCCUGAUUCCUGCCAUGCAGCCCUGUACAUUGUAGCAGAGCACUAGGCUUUCCUUUGAGGUCAGAGUACCAGCAGCCAAGAACCUGCCAGGAAACUGAGCGCUCCAGAAUGAUUAAUAACCCCCAGAGUACCUCCCACUGAAUUUAUUAGUUUGUUUUUAUGUAGGGCACUUUCUCACUGUUGGAGUUGUUUGUCUGUCAUAAAUGAGACCUUCUCUUUCUCUCUCUAGGCUCGUUAAGUCUUUUCUUCGUUUACUAGCGGGAAACAGCUUGUACAGAACAAUAUAAGUUUCCUGAAAUGUGUGAAAUCUGUUCCACGGACAAGACACAACCUGCUGCCCCGUGCAGCCCGGGCUAACAAACCUCCCAGCGUUCAGCUUUCAUCCCCUCAGUUCUGCCCUCCUCUUUGCUCAGUCCUUCCUCUCCUGGCAGCGCCUCACUCAGCUGCCUCUUACUUUCUUCCUCUGAGUCUUUGUGUCCUUUUUUUUUUUAAUUUGCUCUAAUGCCAAUUUCCUUCUGCGGGGUCACUGUGGUCUGAAGCUCAUAAGUUACCCUGAGGAGGGUAUAUUGAGGGACUGAUCCUCUCAGUCUGGGACCUUACAGUCAUAUCCUGUGCAGGGAUUUAGCCUCAGAAUGCUUUAGUGGUUGUUUUCUGUUUGAACAUACAAAGCUGGUUCAGACUGGAAUCCUGAUGGCACAGAAGAAAGGAAAGAUGCCCUCCUUUACCUUUUACUGUGUCUUGGUUUUUGUCUCCUGACUUUAAAGAGCAAUUUGUGGUUCAGACAACUCACAGACGGUUAAACCUCAGUCCCGCUUCUGUCUCAUUUUUGUUAAAUAAAACUUUGGCUUUUAGUUAUUAAAAAAAAGCCUGCUAUGCUUGUCUUUGUAAGAACAAAUAACUUAAAAAACCACCCCGAAGCCUCCAGGGGACUUGAUCCAAUUUUACAAAAUUGUGGUGUCCAUGGAUGAUGAGCUGUAAAAUUAUUGUCAAAGAGGAAAAUUAGUUCAUAUUGGAAAACAUUGUACGCAUUAACUGUAUAUCCAAGUGUGGGAAUUUGCCCAAAUACAAAAUUUAUGUGGAUCCAACAGUGACUGAGUGGUGUAGACUUUGAGUUUCAUCACCAAAAGCUGUUUUAUCUUGAUGUUUUGUCAGUUUAAGUGCUGGAGGGGUGUUCAGAUACGCGAGAAGUCAUCUGCUAAACGUCACAAUCUUUUGAACGCAAGAAUUUUAAUUGACAUUUCAUAACCUCCUUGGUUUGUUUUGAGCAAAGUUCAGUCAUCUUGGAAGCAUAAAUUAAACUUUGAUUUGCUAAGAUUGCCAAGAAAAAAGAAGAAGAAUCCAAGAAUUGAGAUUUUCUAUGAUUGAUGAAAUGUAACCCAAACAGGACAUAUAGUUAAACACUGAGUGUCUUACACUGCGCUUUCUGAGUGAGGUUAUUUUAAGUCAAGUGGGCAACUUCUUUCUUAAAAAUACACCAGAGCAUGUUUGCCUUCUUCACAGGCCAAGAUGAGAGCUGUAAUAUGGUUGCACUGGAUUAUUUUGAUUAUGGUGAAGAUUUUUAAAAGCUGACCGGAUGCUUUCUUUUCUCAGUCAUCAUUUUCUUUUCUGUGCAGAGCAGAGGCUGUUCCCGUAAGCCACAGGUCAAAGAUUGCCAGUGAACCCAGCUCCUCCUCUGUUCCCGCACAAGCAACAAACAAUAGUCCCUCACUCUCCCCGCUGUGCUCCAUGUCUUCACCCCACAUCUCUUGUCCCUCAUCCUCCUCUUUUAUUUUUCUCUUGCCUGUCUGUCAUUGCUCGCUGUCCCCCAUGCAGAACCCUCCCUCCGUCUCUUAUGUUUGUCCCCUCAGCUACCAUAUUUCACCCUUCAGCAAAGGCACACUGUCACAGUUUUCCCCUCAUUGUCUGGCUCUCUGUUCUUCCCCUCAGCCGCUCCACGAAGGUCCUGUUGUGUGAGACCCCUCUACAGCCCCGCUGGGAGCCAUAAACUGUGCUGAACUGCUUGUAUCGUCGUAGUAUUGUCGUCAGAUAUUUUCUGAAUGGCUUUAAAAGCGAUUGUAACACUUUAAACAGAAGUUUGGUCUUCUGAAUUUAUAAGUUUAAACUAAGUAUUUGGGGGCAGCCAUCAGUAGCAAAUUGCAAAACUCUUAUUUUUUGCGUUUCUUCCUUCAUGUAUGGGUGGCCCAUGAGUCCAGACUGAGCAGUAAUGACUUCAGUCUUACCUCAUAGCCCCUGUGUGUAAGAAGGUGUGUGUUUUCGUGUAAAAGUAUGACCCCCUGGUCGGCUUUUGGCCGGUCCUUUUCCUGCCAGUGUUUCAAACACGCGGAUAUAUUUAUUUAUCUGCCCUCCGGCGCUCAUUGUGCUAUGGUAUGUUUCACGUCUCUGCAGAUUCUAAAACAAUAAAUAUGCAUUUUUCCUCAUAAAGCACACAGCUCUAUUUCACACCGUCAUCCGUUCUCAAGAGCCGAAAGUCUAAGCAGACCCUGGUGUGAAAACAGCAGGUUUCCUUGUUGAGGGCCAACCUGAAAGGAUGGUUUCCGGACUUUGCAGUGCUGCUAAUGAGUCACAUUCUGCCCCCCUUUUGAUUACCAGACUGAGUCACACAACCUAAUGUGUGGCUGAAAUCUUAAACUCACUCUGUCACCUUCUUAAUCUCACUCAGAUACAAGAUUACAUGAAUACCGUGAUUGUUCCCUGCCAUGCUCUUUGAUCAGAGGGAGAAGUGGGUGGUCUUUUGUAAACUAAUUCUUACCCCAGACAUGAGGAGUGUGCGUGUGCGUGUGUCUGAUUUUGUGAAUACAUUUGUGUAUAGUCCAACAUAAUUCAUAUGAUGCCUGCACGUUACCAUAGUGAUGGCACCGUCUUUUGUUCUUGGCCAGCACCUCCUGUUCGAACAAAUCCAGCUGUUCUGGUCCAGUCUGGCCCAGACUCUGAUCAAAUAUAAGUGGAAUGUGUGUCUGCAUGCAUGCGAGUGUCUUUAAUCCCCUCGACAGUAUAAGGAAUUGUUUUCCCACUACUGUAACAUGGAGGAAGCAGUGUUUUGUGGGUACUUUUUGAUAUCUGAAAAGUCAGAGGGAUUUGCUCCGUGGAUGGUCUGGUGAUCCACUGGCCUCCUGGAGCUUCAUGCUUCAUACUGGUUACUUUCUUGUCUUUCUGCUGACACCAGAUCUUUAAAAGUGAGGCAGUAGUUAGCGGUGUGUGUUAUUGUGCGUGUGUGUGUUGUGCAAGAGGCUGGUAUGAAGGCUAAAUCCCCUACCCCCCCAGGAUCAGGUAUUGUUGGGGCUCCCUCAGCCCCUCAGACUCCCUGCAGGCAGGAGAGAGCCGGUCAGCUGAAAGGCGUUUCCUGGAAGGAGAAGAGUAUUUGUUCUCAUGUGUCUUAAGGUUAGCAAAUUAAGCUUGGGAACUAAUGAACACUGGUAGGAACCUGGCGAGGAAUUCGAUUUUCUUUUCAAGCUAUCAGAGUCAAGUAGUUGGCCUUUUAAUCUAGUCAUUGCAUUCUGUUAUAAGUGUCCAAGAUAUUUAUUACAGUGAGAUAGUAAUUCCCCUCAAGUGUAAAUAAUUACGCUUGUUCACAGAUUUUCCUGGAAGACACGCUGAUGCCUCGAGUAAGAGUCAGACUUAAGUUCUUUGGAAGUGAGAAAAGAUUUGUUGGCAAAGAUACUGAAGCUGCUCUUCUCUGGAAUUUAUAGACAUGAUACACUUGAAACUUACAGUUUUUCUACUCCCCAAGACUCAUGAUUGAGUGCUUAAGAUGCUGGUACUCAUCACAUUUUUGCCUCAAAAAAAAAAAAAAUGGUCGAGUGUAUAUUCUGUGUGAUAGAGAACACUUUCUGAUUUAUCCAAGCUCAUAUUUUACAUUUAGAGUUUUUAGCCCAUCAGACCCAUCGUUGCUUUGCCCUGACACCCGCUCUUGAAAUACAAAUAUUAAUGGAGGAGAAUAGAAAAAGGAAUGAAUAAGAAUAAAAAAGAAAUUGCAACGGUUAAUAAAAAGUGCAGAGUAUUAGAAAUAAAGCUAUUUACAAAGCGCAAAUUAUUAAAGAAAUAAGUUUUGUACAAGCAUUGAGAGUAGGAGAAAUCAGUUUACAGAGUAUUAUAUACUUUAACACAGUAUUGCACAGUUAAGCAUAAAAAACAAUGUUAUUUGUAGUAUUGCACUCUUACAUUAUUGAAGUUUUUACCGGAUUACAAACAGAUUGCACUGUUGAUUGCAAUUAUAUGCAGUGGAGGAGUUUACGACGACUACAUGAGGGUAAGUCUAGAGUGUGUGACACUCAGAGGGAGGGGUUUUCAAGUUUGAGGGCCAUACGCAAGAAUGACUUCCUGUGAUGCACCCGUGGAUAGUCGUCUUGAUGUCAGCGCAGAUGUUUCAGCACAAGGGUUUUCACACCCUGCUUUUACUUUGAAUUAGUUUACCAGUCAUCCUUGAGUCAUCUUCCGAGAAUUUAUCAGAACAGAUUUCUUUUACGUAAACAUUGAGGAAUAUCUUUUAGCGUUUAAGUGGAAAGGGUUGCGUUUCUUCUGUUUAUUUAGGACUGAAUACAGAUUUGUGGUAACAUAGCAACUUGGUGAAAGUGCAGCUAAAGUGCAGAUAAGAUAAAGAGGAAAGCUAUGCACAGGUUUAAACAGCUGCUGUUUUAAAUACUCGAUUUUGAUUGGGCAAAAUUCCACACCAAUGGUGAUCAGUUCUCAACAGCCAAAGUAAAGUUGGGGACAACCUGAUGGUACAUGUCAAAUCAAGUCACUGAAAGGAGUUCUGUCGCAUUUCAGCACUGCCUGUUAACACUGUGGCCAAACUGAUAGUGUAUUUUCAUGGUGGUGUUCAGAGACAGGAAAUAAUGACAGUUACCUAGCACAGGAAGAGGAGCAAAAUCCUGUCCUGCAAUCCGUGCACUGCCAUCAGAGCCAAUUAGGGCUGGGCGAUAUGGCCUCAAAUCAAUAUCAUGAUAUAUUGAGCAGUUCACCUCGAUAAUCAUAAAUUGAAGAUAAAUACUUAACAAGCUGCUCACCUCCUCCCACAUUAACUUCGUCUACUUCAGCCGCUGCUCCAGCCGCUACAACUCUUGAACCGUCCUCCAUCUCCUCACCUGUCUUUCCCUCUUUGUUACGGACUGGCUUGGGGGGAGUCAUGUCCCUGACAUAGGACAGCAUCUUAAAGGGACAUGAGACCAGGGCCUACCUACACACAUCCAAAACCAACUUUUAUUCAUUUAUUUUUUUGACACCGAAUAUAUUGACAUGGGCAAAAUGACGUCACUUACUGUUAUAAAUUUCAAUAUCUGUAAAUUUUCGGUUUAUCGUCCAGCCGUAGCGCCAGUGCUCACCCUGUCAGGCUUCUAAUUUGCCUAAUCAGCUGUUAUCCCUCACACAAAUGUGUCACCAGAUCAAUUUUCCCUUCUGAAAACAGUAAAACAUACCAAACUCAUUUCAUGAAAAUUCCCCACGUUUCCAUCAGCAGGGAUUUCUGGGUAAAUUAAUUAGAUUUUGAAGGUGCAAAGUAAGCUGUUUAUAUUGCUCACUACUUACAGAAACAUAGUAUGACAGAGAAAUCCCUCUAUAACAGAUUUAAUGGUCACCAGGGUCAGGAUUUUCCUUUCAUUAACUCUGCAGUUUGGGAAAAAGAGGGCCCCUGUCCCUCAAGGUGUUUUCUCAACAAGGUUUAAAAGCAGCACAAAGCUGAUCAGAUAUGCUCCUUCUACUGGCAGCGAUACACCGUUUCAUUCCCAUGGCUGCUCUGCAGUAGCUGGCAGGCAGCUAUGAGGUUACAUAAACAUUACAUAAAGGCGCUGCUGCUCUGGUCCCUCUCUGGUCACCAUCCCUGCUCUUCUUAAUCAGGGUUGAUUAGCCUGGAGAUGCAGUUUGAUUGUUUUGUAUUCUCUGUUUUUCUCUCUCCCUGUGUUGUUGAUUUCCUAAGGAUGCCCUGCUGCAUUUUUCUACUUCCAAGUAUUGUUCCUCGUCAGAGUUGUAGGUUGAUAUGUAUAAACACCAUGCCAUGGGCAGAGGAGGCUCAGCUCUGGUCUGGACAUACACCGCAGAAAACCUAAUCAUGACAUGUUUGUCACUUGCGGUGUUCACUGCCAUCACUGUGUUGUUUCUUUCUUCUGCUGCCGCUGUUUGUUUUCUUCCUUUGUUUCCUCAUCCUUUAUUCCCCUCAUCCCUCCUUCAGCAGGUGUUUGACUCAUUCUUAUUUUCCUUGUGGCUUUGCUUGUUUGAAUGAACAAAUCACACAAAUAUUAUUCCCUCUGCUGGUUAAUGUGAUGACGGUUGAUCCCUGUAAUGAUCGGUUUGAACCCUGUUUGAUGAUGAUUGGAGGUUUGGGUCAAACAUGCUGCGCAUUUGAAGAAAAACUGCUUAGCCGUGCCUCUCAUGACUUCAGCCAGUGUAAUUAUAUCUAUGUAUAGACCUGCGGGUUUGCUUAUUUUGGGCUGCACUUCACCACUACACUAUAUUUAAUAGUGCUAUUCCUGGAACUGGAUUACUUUGGGUUGGAAGUAAAUAACUUGCGUGAUUCACCUGCAGUUCGUCACGAUUGUAUCCCAGUUUCUAAUUGGACAGUUUUAGCCUCCACCCUCACACAUGAGGAGAUAUUUUCACAAACAAUUCACAAUAUGAGCCAGAAACAUAGUCGAUAAAUCUUGGGCUUCCUUUUCUAAUUAAUACUGAGUCAGAGUCUUGUACAGUAUUGUUUGUCUACAGGCCUGACAGCAUUGAGUAGACCUACAGGGCCAACCAUAACAGCACACUGAAGGGUGGGGAGUUGUUGGAGGGGGCGAGGGGUAUUAUAGCUGGACAGGAUGGUCAUAAAAUCAAAAUGGCUCCCACUGCCAACUUCUCAGUGCCAACAUAAAUACACAACUGGGAGAAGCAGCAGGAGGAGGAGAGAUUGGUGUAACAUUAGGGAUUAAGGCCCACAUUGUGUACUGUAAAUCAGCAGUAGACAACAGGGAUUUGGAGCAGUCGGUGAUUUUGACAUGUGAUGAUCCCUGAGAGGUCUUGAUUAUAGGUGUCAGGCCGUACUAAGCACACGUUACCGAACAAAAUAAUUCAAGUAAACAGCUAUUUUGCAGCAUUUGGCUUAGCAAGGUCUGGAAACAGAUGAUAGUCGACAACAGACUCGUGUUUUUUGUGAUGACCAGAUAUUGUUUUUGGCUUUUUAAUAGUAGUUUCACAUUCGUAAGAAACAUAUUUAUCUGCGAAUGUUCUGUAUUCUAGUUGAUACGUUUUUAUCUGAUUUGAUUUUUCCUGUUUUAUGAACAUUUGUGUCUUUCUUAUCUACUUGUGUAAUGUUUGUUUCAUUUUUUCCUGCCAUUGUGUCAUUUGUGUUUAUUUUCCCACCGAGCGCACAGCUUCCCAAAAUUCUUUAUGCUCUGCCCCUCUGUCCAGAGUGAUGUUUGUUCAGCCACCAUGUUCGACCGGUCUGUACAUCGUGUGUGUUUGAGUGAAUGAGGGAAAAAAGAGGCUCUGGUCCUGUGUCACGCUCUCCUCCGAGUCCUGCAAAGCCUGUUUGUUUUUAGAUCUCCCCCACAACAAUACCCUACUCACCCCUGCGUACAUACACUAUCUCGCUCACAUUGCGCUCAGAGCUCGCUGAGAAAACAAGCGACAGCCAUAACAACGGCUCAAACAGAAGCUGCGCUCUGUAGGAAAACCUGCGCUCACUUCCCAGGCUCCUGGCUGACUGACCACUGUCCUUUUAUACACUACAGUACAUGAAAGUUCCCCAAAAGUCAGGAAAACAACCUCUGACAUUUUUUGGCUCGGUUACAUAAGACCACAUUGUGACUUUAAGAAUACUGUACCGGGAAAACAAAAGUAAACUGCAGCUUUGAUGUGUAGAAUAAUAAAUACUGACAUCUGUCCCUAAGGUAGCCAAGAAGAAAGCUCCUUUGUCUAACUUGUUUCUUCACCGGUCAGCCCAUAAAUAAAGCAGGGUGAGAACUUUGUCUCUCAAUUCCGUCUGAACUUAAACGCACACACACAUGCUCAUACUCAGACCAUUAUUAUAUUUCACCUGUCUACCCUUUCCUGUCUCAGCCCUCUAUUCCUCCACAGGGGGCUUUAAUUAAAUGUGUUGCUGCAACAACAGGUACUCACUCACACCCUCCCAUUAGCUGUAAAUGCUUUCUUACUUUCUGAAUGCGCCUUAGAGCUGCAGCUGUUCUUUGAAACAAAAAAAAUCUUAUUUCCAAAGGUGUUGGUUUUAUUAUAUCAGACAUUUACAAGAGGAAAAAACAGCAACAAGUACCAUACAAACCAAGCACAUCUUGAUAGUGAAUUAGAUGCGUCACUUUUCUUAGAUAAAGUAGAUUUUUGGAUCAUAGUUUCAGUCUUUUUUCGAGCUCAGGUAACAGAAAGCCAUGCAGACCCUCUGAAAGUGACGUCCUCACCGGGCUCAUCCCCGGUGCAGUGCUAGAUGUGGAGAGGUCACGACGAGGUCACUCUCCUGCUGACUCACCCUACAUUUCUUUUGUUUCCACCUCACAGAUCCUGGAUGAGAUUGCAGAGCAGGGGAUCCGAAUUUAUCAGCUACCUGAUGCUGACUCUGAUGAGGAUGAGGAGUUUAAGGAGCAGACUAGAGUCCUGAAGGUGAGAGAGAGAGAGAGAGAGGGGGAGAGUGAUGAACCGCUAAUGCCAACUGUUUAAACCUGCGUCAGAGAGUUUCCUCUGCACGUCCAGUGAUUACGAUAUCUUCCUGUUCAUCCAAAGAGAUAUCUUUACUUUCCAUACCCUGUUCCCUGACUUUCCUCCUCUCUGGAAACCUACUCACCUUUAUCUUCCUUUCCCAGGCGAGUAUUCCCUUUGCUGUGAUUGGCUCCAAUCAGCUGAUUGAGGUGAAGGGAAAGAAGAUUCGUGGUCGUCUCUACCCCUGGGGAGUUGUUGAAGUGGAGAACCCCGAGCACAAUGACUUCCUUAAACUGCGCACCAUGCUUGUGUGAGUCUCCUGGGACAUACAAUCUCUUGAGUGUUGACAUUUUCAGAUGAAAAGUCCCUAAACCUUCACUUAAUUUUCUCCCUUACUUAGCCGAUCAUAGAAGUCUGAUAGAGCUAUACUGCCGCCUGGUGUUUGAAGGAAGGAUUGCAUGUUUGUGUUUUGCAGGACCCAUAUGCAAGACCUCCAGGAGGUAACUCAGGAUCUGCACUACGAGAACUUCCGCUCAGAGAGGCUGAAGAGAGCGGGCAGGUGAGACACGUCACUUUAAGAGAAGAUGAGCUGAGCUCCUUCAAGUCAGGCUUUGUAAUUGAUGUUUAUUUGCUCUGCAGGGCUGUGGACGAGGAUGUGGUUGAUAAAGACCAGAUCCUGCUACAGAAAGAGGCUGAGGUAAGAGAAUCCACGCUGGUGCAAGAAAACUGUUUUUCUUGCGUCACUAAAUGAUGAAAUACCGUAUGUCUGAGGUAUAUUCAGAGGAGGUCAUCUGUAGAGGCUUCUGACUCUAAUAAAACCAGCGCAGAGGUUAGGUCAACACCAUAUAAACUAGUUUCUCCAUUAAAAUGUUGAACCCAUUCAUAGUUAACCAGAGAUAUGUAAUGUUUACCAUUUGUACCAUACACAUGCACAUAUAUAGUGUCCUCCCUGAUUGCUUUCGAUUGGCUUGUUUGUAUUGCCGUUGCCGUGCAUCAAUGUUAGUGGGCGGGGUGCAAUCAGAGGCUGUUGGUAAACAAUGUGCCCAUGCAGGAUAUGCCAUCACGUCCUGCCUGGAUGUCCUGGCCCAGUUUUAUGGUGGGAAUGACCUCAGUAAUGUCAGGGACUGGAAAGAAAAAGAAGUAGUUGAUUUACAUGUUGUCAGAGCUUUGCUGUGGGAAAGGAUUACAAUAACUGAUGUAAUCCUGUUCCCUGCUGUACCUGGACUUGCUUUGACAGGCCUCUACCCUGUUUGUUUUCUUAAAGAAGGGGCACUAUGUCCCAGAGGAGGUCCUGAAAAGAAUUUAUGAUUACUUUGGUCAAAGUAGUGUCAGUGUUUGGACACAGCAGGUAUGCUGUCGAAUCUGUUUUUAGGCGCAUCAACAAAUUCGUAAUAGACCAACAAGACAGAAGUUUCUAAAAUAAACAAGAUCGUUUUCUAUUGUUAUAGAUUGCAUAUCUGACCCUAACUUAUAUGAAGACUCUCCUUAGUUUUGAUAGUGUUUUUUUUAAUGUAUAUAUAUAUUUUUUUCUUUUUCCUUUGGAACAUGUGCAUGCAACACAAGAAAGUAAAAUGAAAACAAAAACAAAACCUAUGAGAAUAUUCAAAACAACAACAAUAAUCAAAGCAAAAAAAAACAAAAAUAAAAAAUAAUACUAAUAAUAAUGUGAACCCAACUUGUCCGAAAAGGAGUAGGAUGAAGCAUUAUGCUUUUUUAAACCUACCUCUUCUUAAUAAACAUUUAGUCUGCAACAUAUUUACAUUAUAACUUAAAACUCAACUCAACUUUAUUUAUAUGACACUUUACACACAACAGAGUUGAUCCAAAGUGCUUUACAACAACACUGAGGAAAAAACAAAAGAAGAGAACAAACAGACGAUGAAGAAGAAGAGCAGACUGAGUGACAGUUAUAAUAACAAUAGCAAUAAAAAUGUAUUUUCAAUUCUAUCACUAUCAUCAUCAUUCAUAAUAGUGAUAAUAAAUAACAAUACUUGCAGUAUAAUGAACAUCUUAGAUGACCAAUGUGAAGUUCUGUACCCGGCCACAAGGUGCCGAUAGAUGCCAGAAAAAAAUUCAGACCCACAGUAACAUACAGUAGGUCACAUGAAAGGAAAGGUCCUCCUUAUCUAAGACAAUGAGUUUUUUUAGACCUGUAAAUUAUGCACAAGGCCUCUGUGAGCCUCCAUUAGCAUUUGUUUACAAUUUCGCCAUUAUUUAUUUAUUAUUGGACAUUUAUUUAUGCGUUAUUUACUCCUUAACACCUUUCCUUCACUCUGCUGCUACAAUUACUCCUAUUAUUAUGAGCUAAAACACAUCUGUUUGAAUUGUAGUAAGCCUCUGAAAAGGUAGCCUGUAAUUUAUUUCCACAGCUCAGUCUAGUCAGGGAUCACACUGAAAUGUACUGAUGUCAUGUCCUCACAGUUUUAAUGGGAUUCACUCUGCAUCAUUGUGAUUAUGUUCUUUUCUUGUUUCUCUGCAGCUGAGACGCAUGCAGCAGAUGAUUGCUCAGAUGCAGGCACAGAUGAAGAUGCAAUCAGACGAGUAAAAGAGUGGGAGUAGAAGGGAAAGCAUAAUCACACAAACACACCUGAUCUUCCUUAUAAUCCAUCCCUCUCUGCUGCCAAUGUGAAGAUCCAAGGAGUCCAGGUAUCAAGGAUCACGUCGACUGUAUCUGCAUAUCACCACCACCAAUACUGUUUCCUAUUUUCCCUCUUAUUCUAAACAUCCAUCCAUCAGCUGUUCAAGAGCUCACAACUCUGCUCAAAGCACAUAUGAAUCUGAAUAGUUGUCCUAUUUUGUUUGCACUAGUUUGAUACAUUGGACUGAGCAAAAUCAAAAAUCAUGGACAAAAAGGCUGAAUAUGGCAUGAUUGUGAAUGACAUAUCAAAUAUAUAGUGUUUUAUUUUAAUCACAGCCACAGAGCUGCAAGUAAAUACGGUACUAAGAAAUUUCUUAAUCACACUAACAUGUUUACAGAUCAUGUGUGCAAGUUGUGCUUUUUGUUCAGGUCUAAAAAUCACGUCUUCUUUGUGUUGAAAGCAGGUUAAGAUUAUGUUGAUUGGUUUAUGAGUGAGUGAAAAAGAUUGUGUCUUAUGUUUGCUGUCAGCUUAAAGCUCCUGCAAAGAGUUUUUGAUACCUUGUAAAACAGACUGAAAUGAACAGUGGUGCGACUCUAUGGGUUUCAAGACUGUCUGUUUCUGUGUUGUAAUUUUUAUUGCCUGUUAUUCCUGUGAGGGAGUAGGUAUGCUAUAAAGAAACAGCCUUUUGUGAAAAGGUCCAGAUAUAAUCAACAACCGUACAAGGGUUACCACUUUGUCCACAGAGGGCGCCAAAAUCACCACAGACAUUAAGUCCCUUACAGGAGCUUUAAGCUCAGCAGCCCAUCACUUUUACCUCUUGGUGGUGGUUUCAGACUUUCAGUGCCCUUUGUGGCUUCAGUCUGACCUUACAAUAGCCAUAUACACUCACCGGCCACUUUGUUAGGUACACCAUGCUAGUAACGGGUUGGACCCCCUUUUGCCUUCAGAACUGCCUCAAUUCUUCGUGGCAUAGAUUCAACAAGGUGCUGGAAGCAUUCCUCAGAGAGCUUGGUCCAUAUUGACAUGAUGGCAUCACACAGUUGCCGCAGAUUUGUCGGCUGCACAUCCAUGAUGCGAAUCUCCCGUUCCACCACAUCCCAAAGAUGCUCUAUUGGAUUGAGAUCUGGUGACUGUGGAGGCCAUUUGAGUACAGUGAACUCACUGUCAUGUUCAAGAAACCAGUCUGAGAUGAUUCCAGCUUUAUGACAUGGCGCAUUAUCCUGCUGAAAGUAGCCAUCAGAAGUUGGGUACAUUGUGGUCAUAAAGGGAUGGACAUGGUCAGCAACAAUACUCAGGUAGGCUGUGGCGUUGCAACGAUGCUCAAUUGGUACCAAGGGGCCCAAAGAGUGCCAAGAAAAUAUUCCCCACACCAUGACACCACCACCACCAGCCUGAACCGUUGAUACAAGGCAGGAUGGAUCCAUGCUUUCAUGUUGUUGACGCCAAAUUCUGACCCUACCAUCCGAAUGUCGCAGCAGAAAUCGAGACUCAUCAGACCAGGCAACGUUUUUCCAAUCUUCUGUUGUCCAAUUUCGAUGAGCUUGUGCAAAUUGUAGCCUCAGUUUCCUGUUCUUAGCUGAAAGGAGUGGCACCCGGCGUGGUCUUCUGCUGCUGUAGCUCAUCUGCCUCAAAGUUCGACGUACUGUGCGUUCAGAGAUGCUCUUCUGCCUACCUUGGUUGUAACGGGUGGUUAUUUGAGUCACUGUUGCCUUUCUAUCAGCUCGAACCAGUCUGGCCAUUCUCCUCUGACCUCUGGCAUCAACAAGGCAUUUCCGCCCACAGAACUGCCGCUCACUGAAUAUUUUUUCUUUUUCGGACCAUUCUCUGUAAACCCUAGAGAUGGUUGUGCGUGAAAAUCCCAGUAGAUCAGCAGUUUCUGAAAUACUCAGACCAGCCCUUCUGGCACCAACAACCAUGCCACGUUCAAAGUCACUCAAAUCACCUUUCUUCCCCAUACUGAUGCUCGGUUUGAACUGCAGGAGAUUGUCUUGACCAUGUCUACAUGCCUAAAUGCACUAAGUUGCCGCCAUGUGAUUGGCUGAUUAGAAAUUAAGUGUUAACGAGCAGUUGGACAGGUGUACCUAAUAAAGUGGCCGGUGAGUGUAUGUUCCCGCAAUAAAAGGUAAGUGUGCUAAUGACUGAGCUGAAAUGACUGCAGCACACGCAGGAAUAAACCUUUUACUAUCAUUAUGCUUAAUUAGAAGCCUUUUUUGUAGCGCACACUAUGAGUAGUUUAUUGUUUGUUGGUUUUCGUUUUUUAUUUGGCUUCUUGGUCAGAAAUCAACUUUAUGCAAAAUUAAAACUAUUACCAUUCAGUUAUAAAAGGAAAUAAUCAUAUUUAUUAUUCAAUCAAAGGCCAUGUUGUUAAUAUUUUUGUAUUUAUCAUCAAGAGCUGCUUAAAUUGAAUGUCUGUGCCAAACUUCAAACAACAGACUGAAAACUAAUCCAAUUAUUCAGUCAAGUCAUAAAUCAUGUCCAAGUGUGCUCAUCCAGAGUUUUUAACGUGUUAGAUGCUGUGUUUGUACACUACAUGUGCGGUCAUUCAUUGUGUUGUGUUUGAGUUUUUACCUGUUCAGAAAACACAUUAUCCCCCGACUGUAUUGCGUAUGAACUUCUUCCAGUCUUCUGUGAGCAGCAGACUGAACUUUUCUUCAUCAGUGCAACUAACUGUAUUACUGGUAUUAAAUUUCCUUUUAUUUUCUGUUGCUCUGUUAUGCAAAUGUGUCAUUUAUACUUAAGACACACAGAAUUUUUAUUCCUUAAACAUACCACAGUAGAAAAUCAUUUGAAAACAUGAACUUGUUUUUGUAUUUCUCUCUUAAUAAAUAUGUCUAGAGAAAAAAAAAA